AUGAGCUAACAAUGGAUACAAUAUUAUCCCGAUUAAAGAAGCUCAGCCACGAUGAGCUUAGAGAAGAGAUCGUGAGAGCAGGACUGAAAUGUGGGCCCAUUACCGCCACUACAAGGUUUAUAUUUGAAAAAAAACUGGCUCAGGCACUGUUUGAGCAGCAAGGAGCAUUGGAGGAGGAAGGGGCUGCUCUGUCAGAGGAGGCUGCUGGAAAUGUCCCCGUGAAUCACAACAGCCAUGGAAGUGCUGCAGAGGAGGCAGACUUUGGGUACUGUGUGGGUCUGAACCCUCCAGAAGAAGAUGCUGUGACACACACGAAUUGUUCAGCUCCUGCCUGUGGUGCUGGUUCACAGAUCACUGCUCAGACACCGUCUAGAGAUCCUCCACUCUUCUAUGGUGUUUGCCCAGUUUAUGAUGACAUAUUGGCAAGGAAUGAGAGAAUACACGUUUAUGAAGAUAGGAAGGAGGCUCUCCAGGCUGUUAAGAUGAUUAAGGGUUCCCGUUUUAAAGCUUUUACAAACAGAGAGGAUGCUGAGAAAUUUGCUAAAGGAAUUUGUGAUUAUUUCCCAUCUCCAGGCAAGUCCUCUUUAUGUUUGUCUCCAGUGAAAGUGGGAUCGUUUAACAGAGAUGUUUUAUGCUCCCCUGAGAGCGAGACUGCCAACAAGGAGAGAGCCAACAGCUACAAAAGUCCACGGACUCAAGAUCUCACAGCGAAGCUUCGGAAAGCUGUUGAGAAGGGAGACACAGCAACGUUUUUAGACCUUAUUUGGAGUAACCCUCGUUACCUGAUUGGGUCAGGAGACAACCCCACAGUCGUACAGGAAGGGUGUAGGUACAAUGUCAUGCAUGUUGCUGCCAAGGAGAAUCAGCCUGCUAUCUGCCAGUUAUUGCUGGACACUCUGGAAAAUCCAGAAUUUAUGCGGCUGAUGUACCCAGAUGAUAACGAUGUCAUGUUGAAGAAACGCAUCCAGUAUAUUGUUGACCUUUACCUGAACACUCCAGAUAAAAUGUGGUUUGAUACUCCAUUGCAUUUUGCCUGCAAGUUUGGGAAUUUGGAUGUGGUUAAUGUGCUUACUUCACACCCAGCUAUUGUGAAAAAUCCAAGAAACAAAUAUGAUCAAACUCCAGCAGAAGUAGUUUGUGAAAGAAGCAAGAACAAAUCAGCCGAAUUGAAAGAAAAGAUAAGAGAGUACUUGAAAGGUCGCUAUUAUGUCCCACUGCUGAGGGCAGAAGACAAUUCCUCUGCUCCGGUCAUUGGGGCGCCGUGGUCGCCCGACCAGACGGACGAUGGCCCCCAGAGAACUUGGCCUAAAUACCCUGGCAGCCCCAAAGACCCAGUGCUGUCCAUCAGAGCUUUUGCAGGCCCCAUGAGCCCCUCGAAGGCUGAAGAAUUUCGCAAGCUGUGGAAGACUCCACCUCGAGAGAGAGCUGGCUUCUUUCACAAUGUCAGGAAAUCUGAUCUGGAGAGAGGUGUUGAAAGAGUUGGAAGGGAGUUAGCUCAUGAACUGGGGUUCCCGUGGGUUGAAUACUGGGAAUUUCUGGGCUGUUUUGUUGAUCUGUCUUCCCAGGAGGGGCUGCGAAAAUUAGAAGAGUACCUGAGUCAUUGUGAAAUGAGCGAAAAGGCUCAGCCAGAAACAGGGGAAAAUGAAACCUGCAAUAGAUAUAAAACUCCACAUCCCUCUGGCAAAAGUAAAAAGUCUUGCAAUUCUAUUUCUGUUGGAGCAUUUUUGGAUGAGGAUGAUGAUGACAUGAGCUUAGAAGAAAUUAAAAACAGACAAAACGCAGCACGAAAAAUCAGCCCCAUUCUGGUGUCCAAGGAGCCCAGCAUUGAUGCCAUUGGAGAUGCUGAGUGUGAUAUCCUGUCCAUGGAGCGUGCAGGAAACAUCAUAGAGACCUCAGCUCACCCUCGGCACUACGAGAAGGGAGCUGCUGCCAGCAAAAAUGGGUUUUGCAGUCCUGUGUCCGGUGAAAGGAUCAUCAGUGACAGAAAGCAGCUGCAUGGGGGGUCAGAGUGCUUCAUGUCACCCAUUUCCAAUUUGAUGUCAGAAUUUGAAAGCCUGUCAUUCCAAGAACAAGAGGUUGCAGGUGUAUCUCAUAAAAUCACUGAAAAAACUGAAAAUGAGGGAAUUCUGGACAAGACCUGCUCUGCAGUGUCACUGGCAAGUUCUUCUGAGCCAAGUGUCACAGGAAAACGUGGAGAGACCACAUUAAGGACAGACUGCAAAAUAUCAUUAGAAAAGGAGAGAGUGUCCAGAGAUUUUGGAAUUCAGACUAAAGAGACACAACAACGUCAAGAACUUUCUUCACAGAAGCUUCUUUCAAAGACUUCACCCAAAAAUGACAACUUAAAGUUGUUCCUUCUUGGGGAGCAGCCCUCGAAGCUGGAUGGUGAUGUCUUAGCAGCUAUUGAAGGAGCAGAGAUUGAUCCCCAGAAAUUCCCAAUGAUUUACAAAUGGAAACACGCAGUGCAAUCCUACUCCUCAUCUGACAGGCAAAGUUGGCCAAGUCCAGCGCUGAAGGCAAGAUUCCAGUCCCAAUCCAUCGCUGCUGGCCUUCCAAACGCUUCGGUGUAUCCCAGUUCAGGAAGAAACAGUCCCAUACCAGGAAGUCCAGGCAAACACGGCAGCGCUGCCUCGUUCCCCCCGGAGCCGGGGAGCCCUGGGCGCUACAGCCCCGCCUGUGUCCUGCGCUACUUCGCAGAGCCUCCCGCCCACUAAAAUACAGCUCAUCAGCCCGGGACUUCUGUUCUGUGUUCAUUGUUAGCCUGGAGCAAGAACUACAAUGUUACUAAGGUGACAUGAGGUUUGUACUUGGCUAUUUAUUUUUCCUCAAUUGAGGACAACUGUAUGUUUAAAAAAUGGAAUAUAUGUCUUAAUGCCAUAUACAAGGUAGAUUAUUACUGGUGAUAAGCAAGAAGUUUGUGACAGUGCAGUUGUCCAGUAGCUGUAUUAACCCUUGUUGCCAGUACCACAGUGGGCCGAAGUGUCCCUUAGCAAUGGUGGUAUUUGCUAUCACUACUUAUCCUCAUUGGAAUGAACACACAGCCCUCAACUGCCUUUCUUGACCUUGGAUAGUCGAGGAAAUGCAUCA